UUUGACUCUCUCAAACUCUUAUCUGCUAAGCAAUCAAAGAUUUAAACCCAAUUUUUCCUUAAAAAAAAAAACCCCAAUUAUUAUUUUUUAUUACUUUGUAAUAAUUUAAUACCAAAAAAAAAAAAAAUACAUACAUAGAUAGUAUCUAUAUUUUUGUAAUUCUAUAUUUAGGAUUGGAUUUUGGAGCAAUCUCUUCGGUUAAAGUGUUGAAAAACAAAUUCUUUCAAAAAACACAAAAAGUUGCAAACUUUCCUGGAAAAUGGGUCAACAACAAUCCAAGGAUGAGUUGCUUUACCAGCAGGUGAGUUAUGGCAACGCAGAGGGAAUCAAAUCUCUUCGCAGAGAAGGUGCAAGCCUUGAGUGGGUUGAUAGAGAGGGAAAAACCCCAUUGAUUGUUGCGUGUAUGAACUCGGAGCUUUAUAAUGUUGCUAAAACUUUGAUAGAGCUCGGUGCCAAUGUCAACGCGUAUAGGCCAGGCCGUCAUGCUGGGACUGCUUUACAUCAUGCAGCUAAAAGAGGCCUUGAAAAUACUGUGAAGUUACUACUUUCACAUGGAGCGAAUGCGUUGUUAAUGAAUGAUGAUUGUCAUACUGCUCUUGAUGUUGCUAGAGUGAAGGGGCACAGCAGUGUUGUUCGUGCUAUUGAGAGUCAUAUUUGUUUAUUCUCUGGUUGGCUGCGGGAGUUUUAUGGACCAGGUUUUCUUGAAAUACUGGCGCCUGUGUUAGUCACAAGAAAAGUUUGGGUUGUUGUUCUACCCUGUGGUGCUCGUAAACCUACAAAGCCUUUCAAGUUGGAGCUUGCCAUAUACCCUAGUAUGCAGGAUGCCCAACCCCGUACAGUUAUUGCAUUAUGGAAAACCAAUUUGGAAGAACCAAAGCUACACCAGUCUGAUCCAUCAGUGAUAAUUCAAGAUACCUCAACCAUCUCAAGAGGCAGGAGGCGGAGACGAAGUCUUUACACCUCCCAAGAGGUGAGGUGUAGGUCUCGAACACAUAGGCAAGCCCGCAUUAAGCUUGCACCUGCAAAUGAAAGUGACAAGCAACAACUUCAGAGGUUUUGUGAUGCAUGCAAGGGAAUUUCCCAGGCUCCUGCAUUUUUGCGUAAUAAUCAGACCCCAGUAGCCACUGCACCGCUAUCUGCUGAAGAUUUUGAAAUAGCAAUGGCUAUCAAUGCCUCAAUCCAGUCUGUUAUGCAGGAGAGACCACCUAUUCUUGAUGCUCACCCUAGCUAUGAAGCAAGUUCAUCUGUUAGUUGGAAUAACUCUGCGAACACUAGCAGUCAUAGUGGUUUGGAUGUACCAAUAGCCCCUGCUCCAAACACAAGUAGUUCUAAGAGGACAGUGCAUGAAACUGGCCCCAAAGGCAAUUCAAGUCAGCAAAGCCAGAACCACGACAUUGUUACUACCACUCAAACAAAUCCCACCCCUGAUUCUAUCCCUUCAGCUCCACCAAUUGCUGAUGGGAUUAUAGAAGAUGGUCCUAUUCUCUACCCAUCAAUUGAUAUCAGUCCUGUUGAUGUGUCAUCCCCAAUUAUCGAGGAUGCACCUGGUAAAGCAGGUGAAAGGAAAGAGGAUGGGGGUGCAUCAUCAUGCGUGAUAUGUUUAGAUGCUCCAGUUGAGGGAGCAUGCAUUCCCUGUGGCCAUAUGGCUGGAUGUAUGUCUUGUUUGAACGAGAUCAAAGAGAAGAAGUGGGGUUGCCCUGUUUGUCGUGCCAAGAUUGACCAGGUUGUAAAGCUGUUUGUUGUUUGACUAUUGAAGCAGAAUGUGGAGAAGCUCUAAAUGGUUGGUGGGUUUUGGACGCCUUAAUUUUGUUUAUGUAUUUCUAUAAACAAGAGCAGUUUCUUAAUUUUGGGAACCUAACCCGAGGGUUUCUGAAUAUAUUGUUGCCUUGCACUGUGCUGUUAUAAAUAUCACUUACCUUGCACUUUUGGGGCUGUAAAAACCUUUUUACCUUAUAUAUAUGUGUGUGUAUGUAUAUA